ACACGGACCAUAACAACCACGACCGACCGGGAUGGUGUGCAAUCUUGACCGGCUCAACCACGAUGGCCACCGUGCUCUACAUACCGGAUGGUCUUAGCCAUUUCAAAUAAUACACCCCGGUCUUUACACUUCAACGGUUCAACCUAUCAGAUCUCCAUCAACGCCCAUCAGAAAACACCAUGUCUGAAAACGAAUUCAUAAAACCAAAUGUAGUCGACAGUGAUGAUGACGAUGAUACAGUUUGCUUGGGCGAAUCUUUCUUCAUAGAUGACAACUAUGAGCUCACUACGUUUACAUUUGGGCCUCAUGUCCUUCAACUUCUUUGUCUCCAAUCAUCUUCAACUGAUUUCGAUUUAACUGGACAGUUGGUAUGGCCUGGUGCAAGGCUGUUGAAUGAAUACCUUUCAAAUAAUGUUGAGCUACUGCAAGGAUGUUCUGCUGUAGAAUUAGGAUCUGGUGUAGGUGUUACAGGCAUACUUUGCAGCAGAUUUUGUCAUGAAGUCGUGCUUACAGAUCAUAAUGAUGAAGUGCUCAAGAUCUUGAAGAAAAACAUAGAUCUUCAUGAAUCUUCUGACAACCCUAAUUCAUGUUCUGCUUUAAGUGCAGAGAAACUAGAAUGGGGAAACACUGAUCAACUUAACCAAAUAUUACAAAAGCAUCCGGAAGGAUUCGAUCUUAUUCUUGGAGCUGACAUCUGCUUUCAGCAAAAUAGUGUUCCUCCACUCUUUGACACUGUGAAAGAGCUUCUUUUUCAACAUGGGAAAAAGCAAUGUAGGUUCAUAUUGGCUUAUGUCUCACGUUCUAAAAUGAUGGAUGCAUUGGUACCAAAAGAAGCAGUUAAUCACGGGCUAAAGAUCCAUGAAGUUGAUGGGACCCGAUCAGUGAUUGGAAAUCAUGAGGGGGUUAUAUAUGAGAUAACCCUUUAGAAACUUAGAAAUAUUAAUUAAAUAUGAUUCUUGGAUAAUUCAUAAUUGUGAAGAAUAUAUCUUUGAAUGUUUUAGAGCAAUUGAGAAUGAUUGAAUUGUAGGAUCUCACAAAUUAACAAAGGACGAAUGACACCAAAUAGCAAUCAACUUACAAA